AACCCACUACUCCACCAAUUUCCCUGAUUCUCAAAUCAACUUUUUCUUUUAAAUUCUUUAUUUCAUAAUUUCACCUUUUUAAAAUCUCCCCAUCAUUUUUUCUAGUUCUAUAAAAUCCCACCUAAAACUCAUCCCAUUUCCCCCCCUUCUCCUCUUCUUCCUCUUUCUCUCUCCUACUCUUGUUCAUCAUCUUCCUCCCCUGUUUUUCAUCAAAUAGUUUCUGAGAUUUCUAGGUUUUGUAAAAAAAAUAAAAAAAAUCUCCUGAAACUGUGGUUUUUCUGAAGUUUCUGAAAAAACCUUGAUGCAGAAUUUGUGGGUUUUAAUGUUUGAGAUUCAUGUCUCCAAUUCUCAGUGAACUCUAUGUUUCUGGGUUGAUGAUAAAUUCCACAUAUAGGCGCAGGACCCAUCUAGUUCAAUCCUUCUCCGUUGUCUUCCUUUACUGGUUUUACUUCAUCUCAUAAUUAUUCCCAUUCCUAAUCCCCCCUCUAAACUAGUUUUAGCUAUAUAAUCUAUACCAAAAUUACCAAAUAUAUAAUUAUAUCUAUACAAAUAUAGUGUCAAAUAAAAACCCCUGUUUUUCUUCUCCUUCAGAGGAAGGUAUUGGCUAGUACUUAUCUGGGGUUCUGCUGUAACAAACUAAUUUGGUUUCUGUCACUCUUUUUCUUUUCUUUUUUUUAAAAAAUCAAAAAUGGCUUCACCUGGAGGCAUAACAUCUUCAGGGACAUCGUCCCAGCAGCAGAACUCGAGUUCAGAAGAGGAUAUGCAGAUUCAGAUCAUGGAUGAAAGGAAGAGGAAACGAAUGCAGUCAAACCGCGAAUCGGCUAGGAGGUCAAGGAUGAGGAAGCAGCAACAUUUGGAUGAUUUAAUGGUUCAAGCUUCCAAUGUCAGGAAAACCAAUCAUCAGCUUCUGAACAACAUAAACAUCACAUCCCAACAAUACUUGAAAAUUGAAGCAGAAAAUUCUGUACUCAGAGCACAAAUGUCAGAACUCAGUAGCAGGUUACAGUCUCUAAAUGAGAUCAUCAAUGCACUAAACUCCUGCAAUAACAAUCAGAAUCUGGGAAUUUAUGGGGGUGGUGGUGAUGAACAUCAUCAUGAAGAAGGGAUCUUUCCAAUUAUUCCUGAGCCAUUUACAACUGAUAGCUUCCUGAUGAAUCCAUGGGAUUCUGCUACCUACUCAAACCAGCCAAUCAUGGCUUCAGCUGACAUGUUCCAGUAUUAGUGGACAUGUUAAUUACUCUUAGGAAAGAGAAAAUAGGGAGGAAGUUCACUUUUGAGGGUGUUAAUUUAAAGGAGAUGAUGAUAAUCCUACUAAUUUUCUUCUUUUUGGGGUUUUUCUUUUUUUUUUUUUUUUUUUUUCCUGGGGAGGGGUUAAUAUUGAAUAAGUAGCUUUGUUUACUACAGGGGGGGUAUGGGUAUAUGGUCAUUUGCGGUCAUUUUAUGUAAAUGAAUUAAUGCAAUUAUGCAAGUUUGGUCAUUAGUGUUCCACAUUGCAGCAAUGAUAUGUACAACCUUGCAUGUUACUAUCUACAAGUUCUCUAUUCAAAUAA